AUGGUUGACGGAUUUGGACGAGUUGACAGUUACGACAUAGGUGAGCAAGAAAAACGGAGAGUGUCGUCGUUCGACACAUUUGGUGGAAUCGGGCCAGGCAAGCGCUCACGACUGAAUUCAGUGGACUCAUUGGCCGGUCUAGGACUAGGAAAACGAGCGUUGAGUUCGUUUGACACAUUGGGAGGCAUCGGCCUGGGCAAACGCUCGCCUGUGUCGAUGGUUGAGAGGAGGGCGCUGAGCAGUUUCGAUACACUCGGAGGAAUGGGCUUGGGAAAAAGAGAUGCAUCGUAUCCGUACGAGAGAAAAUCUUUAAGCAGUUUCGAUACACUAGCCGGAAUCGGUCUUGGGAAGCGAGCACGACUUUUUUCGAGGGUGAAUGGACUAGUACAAUCCUUUGCAUAA